AUUAGUUCUCUGAUAAAGACGUGACAGAAUCGUUCAAAUUAAUUUAAUUUCAGAAACUUCUAUUUGAAUCAAAAUGGUGAGUGGUAUUUCACAGGGAGAGAUGGUAACUGUUUUGAGCAUUGAUGGAGGUGGCAUUAGAGGCAUAAUUCCUGGCACUCUAUUGGCCUUUCUCGAAUCCAAGCUUCAGGAGUUGGAUGGAGCCGAUGCAAGAAUUGCAGAUUAUUUUGACAUUAUAGCAGGAACAAGCACAGGUGGGAUUGUAACCACCAUUCUUACAGCUCCAAACAAGGACAACCGACCCUUGUUUUGUGCAAAGGACGUCAACGCCUUCUAUUUGGAACACACUCCUAAGAUUUUCCCUCAGAAUAAUCAAACGAACAUCCUUUCAAUGAUAACAAGUUUCUUGAGUGGGGGUCCAAAAUACAACGGCAAGUACUUGCGCUCGUUGCUGAAGACCAUGCUAGGCGGCCUCAGUCUCAAACAGACCUUGACAAACGUGGUCAUACCAGCUUUUGAUAUCAAACGUCUUCAACCUGUGAUUUUCUCAACCAAUGAUGCAAAAGCAAAUGCUGCAAAAGAUGCACAACUUUCAGAUGUCUGCAUAGGAACCUCUGCAGCUCCAACUUUUCUUCCAGCACAUUACUUCCAGACCAAGGACAAUGAAGGAAAGCCUCACCGUUUCGAUCUCAUUGAUGGUGCAGUUGCGGCAAACAAUCCUACAAUGAUGGCCAUAAGCGAAAUUUCACGAAGCAAACAUUUGCCGGACAUAGCACCGAUAAUGAACAGCAAAAGGAUGCUAGUGCUGUCAUUGGGCACAGGUGCAGCCAAGAAUGAAGAGAAGUACAGUGCAGAUCAGGCGUCGGAGUGGGGUUUGCUUGGUUGGCUCUAUGACGAUGGAAACACACCCAUUUUAGACGUUUAUUCAGAUGCAAAUUCCGACAUGGUUGAUAUUCAUGUAUCCUCUCUCUUCCACUCCUUCAAUAGCCACAAAAAUUACCUCCGUAUUCAGGAUGACACAUUGACCGGGGAUGAGGUAUCGGUAGAUAUGGCAACGGAGAAGAAUCUGAAGAGGCUUGUGGAGAUUGGUGAGAGCCUGUUGAAGAAGCCAGUUUCCAGAGUGAAUUUGGAAACUGGAAAAUACGAGCCGAUCCUUGGAGAAGGAACAAAUGCAGAAGCUCUUGCCCGUUUUGCCAAACUUCUGUCCCAAGAGAGAAAGCUUAGACAGCAAAAAUGA